UAAUGCGCCAUUACGUUGUUUGUAAACCACCACUAAACCUCAAAAAGAAGAAGUCCCAUCUCGCUCUGCUGCUGUGUUACCAAACUAACCAGAAGCCGGUGGAUGUGUAGGUGAGACAUCGAGUCUUCCGUGGACCAGGCACAGCGUCAGAUACUGUGUGGCCUCCACCCUCCACGAUGAGCGGCCUGCGAACCGUCAUGAGCUCCAUCGCGAUGGCCACUUUCGUGGGGAUCGGCUUUGUCAUGUGGUCGGUGAUCGCUCCGGGAGAAGACAGGCGGAAAGAGCUGCUCAAGAAUCUGCCUGAAUCAAACCCAGUGCGAAUGGAAGAGACGAGGAGAAGGAAUGCUCUGGUGAUGCAAGCACUAAAGGAGGCUGCAGAAACCAAUGACAACAUUGCAAGAGAAAUGCCAGGAACUUGGAAAUAGACCUGUUGACAAACCCUCCAUUUAUUGAAUGCGGAUGACAUACAAGGCCUCCGACUGUUCCAAUAAAGAUGGACAUUGUAUUAUUUUACUCA